AUGAAGGAGAUGGUGGGAGGCUGCUGUGUGUGUUCCGACGAGCGCGGCUGGGCGGAGAACCCGCUCGUCUACUGCGACGGCCACGGCUGCAAUGUGGCCGUGCACCAAGCUUGUUAUGGAAUUGUCCAGGUUCCCACUGGCCCCUGGUUCUGCCGGAAAUGUGAAUCCCAGGAAAGAGCCGCCCGGGUGAGGUGCGAGCUGUGUCCCCACAAGGAUGGAGCCCUGAAGCGCACGGACAAUGGGGGCUGGGCGCACGUGGUGUGUGCCCUGUACAUCCCCGAGGUGCAGUUUGCCAACGUGCUCACCAUGGAGCCCAUCGUGCUCCAGUACGUCCCCCACGACCGCUUCAACAAGACCUGCUACAUCUGCGAGGAGCAAGGGCGGGAGAGCAAGGCGGCCUCGGGGGCCUGCAUGGCCUGCAACCGGCACGGCUGCCGCCAGGCCUUCCACGUCACCUGUGCACAGAUGGCUGGGCUCCUGUGCGAGGAGGAGGUGCUGGAGGUCGACAAUGUCAAAUACUGCGGCUACUGCAAAUACCACUUCAACAAAAUGAAGACCUCGCGCCAUUCCGGGAGCAGCUCCUUCCUCCCGGGCAGGAGGAGCCGCUCGGCAUCCCCGGCCCAGGAGAAGCACCUGUCCCACCACGAGAGGCCAAAAAAGAGCCGCAAGGACAAGGAGAGGCCGAAGCAGAAGCACAAAAAGCGGCCGGAGUCCCCCAGCAGCCUCCCCCCAGCACCCGUGGCCGUGGCUGCCGAGAAGGGCUCCAGUGGCCACCACGAGGCCACCAAGGAGAGCUCAGAGGUGGCCAGGGCAGAGGCCAAGGGCAGGAAAUCCUCGAGCCACGGCAGCAGCCACAAGGGGAAGAAGACGGGAAGUGGGAAAAGCUCCGGAGGCUUCGGAUCUGCCCCAGCCGGGGGAACCUUCCAGACGGCCGGCUCCUCCUGUGGCCUGCCUGGCUCCCAGGACUUCGCACCCUUCCCCAAGCUGGAGCAGGAGGACGAGAAGUUCCGCAAGGCCGCCAGCUCCAGCUCCUCCUCGCACUGCUCACCGCUCUCCGAGGGCCCCAAGGCUGACGUCUUUGAGCAGAAGGUCAUCUUCUCCGGCUUCGGCUCCAUCAUGCGCUUCUCCACCUCGGCUGUGGGCCAGCCGCGAGCCCGCGACGCCUCCCCCGUGGACUACAAAGCCUCCAGCACCCUUGGUGGCCCCGCGGGUGGCACGGGUGGCACGGCUGGCGCCGCCGGGAGCGGCCACAAGCGGAUGCCGUCGCUGGGCGCCGAGGAGGGAGAGGUGCUCAAGGAGAAGAAGCACAAGGGCAGCAAGAAGAACAAGCACGGCCCCGGCAGGCCCAAGGCGGGCAAAGGCAAAGAGGUUUUGGGGGCCCAGCUGGCUGGGUCCACCUCCACUUCCUCCUCUCCCUUCUCCGGGGGAUCCCUUGUCAGCUCCAGCGUUGGGAAUUCUUCCCGGAGCUUCAGCCACCCCGGGAGUCUGCCCAGCCUCAGCAUGGAGUCGCCGCUGCUGGGCUCAGGGAUCUACACGAGCAACAAGGACCCGAUCCCGCUGGGCGCGGCGCUGCGGGCGGUGUGCAGCACGCCGCUGCCCUCGGGGCUGCUCCCGCACCAGGGCGGCGCCGCCCUGCCCCAGCUCAGCCGCUCGCCCUUCGCCAGCUCCCUCCCCGCCUCCUCCUCCUCCGCCGGAUCCACCACGCAGGUGUUUUCCCUGGCGGGUUCCACCUUCAGCCUCCCUUCCUCGCACAUUUUCGGGAGCCCUCUGACAUCCGGGCUGUCCCUGAACCCCCUCCUGAGCCAGCCGGAGAGCAGCCGGGCAGAGCCCGACCUGGAAGAUUGCGGCUUCGGCUGCCGAGGGACGUCCCCGCAGGAGAGCCUGUCCUCCAUGUCCCCCAUCAGCAGCCUGCCGACCCUCUUCGACCAGACCGUGUCGUGCAGCAGCAGCGGGCAGCUGGACAAUGUCCCACAGGCCACCCCCAACAUCGAGCAGCUCCUGGAGAAGCAGGGCAACGGCGAGGCCGGGGUGAACAUUGUGGAGAUGCUGAAGGCGCUGCACUCGCUGCAGAAGGAGAACCAGCGGCUGCAGGAGCAGAUCAUGACGCUGACGGCCAAGAAGGAGAGGCUGCAGCUGCUCAAUGUCCAGCUGUCCGUCCCCUUCCCCGUGGUCACCAGCAGCAACGGCCCAGGCAGCCAGGCCCAGUACAUCCUGCCUGCCAAUGUCUGCAGCGGUGACUCCCUGAGCAUCAGCAAGAGCCCCCCGUGCAAGAACAGCUUCGGCAUCGAGAACUCGCUGUCCACGUCCUCUGAGGACCCUCACUCGGGCUGUCCCAGCAGGAGCAGCUCCUCCCUGUCCUUCCACAGCACCCCCCCGCCCCUGCCCAUGCUGCAGCCCAGCCCCGCCUCGCUGCCCCUGCCCGGGGCGCAGCAGGUGAACGGCCUGGCCAGGGCGGCGGGCGGGGGGCUGGCCGGAGCCUCGGGGGGCAGCCACGGCCUCUCGGCGGUGCCCAUGGUGGACGGCCUGCUGGGCAGCCUGGCCGGAGCCCAGCAGAUGCCGCUCAACGGGAUCCUGGGGAGCCUGAACGGAGCGCAGCCCGCCCCGCCUCCGAGCGCGGCCCCGGCCCUGCAGCUCUCCACCAGCCUGAGCAGCGUGGCCAGCCUGAGCCCCCUGACGGAGCAGCAGCGGCACGUCCUGCAGCAGCACGAGCAGCAGCUGCAGCAGCUGCAGCAGCUCCUGACUUCCCAGCCGCUUAACCCGGAGCAGCAGGCACUGGUGUUCCAGAUGAUGCAGCAGAUCCAGCAGAAGCGGGAGCUGCAGCGGCUGCAGAUGUCGGGCUCGUCCCAGCUGUCCCUGCUGGCUGCCACCUCGGCCCCACUGCACCCCAGCCCCAGCGCGCUGCUGACCUCGGCCGCGCCCAGCGGGGGCUCCCUGCUGGCCUCCCUGUCCCCGCAGCAGCUGAACCCCGGCGGGGCCCUGCUGGCCCCCCAGGCCACCCCCCCGCUGGGCUCGGGGCCGGCCAUGGCCCCCAACCCCUUCCUGAGCCUGCAGCCCGACGGCAGCACCCCAAAAGGAACGCCCCUGGGUGACAAGGGCGCUCCCCUGGCGCAGGACAAGGGCUAG